AUGAAAAAGGGAGUUGACGAUGCAUCUUUAGAUAGCUUUGGUUGUUUUUUGCACACAAUUCAUCUCCUUGUAACAGAGUCUAUGAAAAGUCAGAAAUCUGUACAAGAUCUAUUAAGUCGUGCCAAAAAAGUUUCUACUCAUUUCCAUCACUCAUCAUCAGCUACUGAUAGACUGAAAUCAAUACAAAUUGAACUAGGAGUUCAACCUAAAAAGGUUAUUCAAGAUAUUUGCACUAGGUGGAAUUCUAGUUUUUACAUGCUAGAGCGUUUGUUUAAUUUAAAAAAUGCCAUAUUAAUAUUCACAUCUGAGGUUCCGUCAAGUCUGCCAUCAUUUAAUUCAAAUGAUUGGACAGUAAUGGAGUCAUUAUUGAAUUUAUUAAGACCAUUCGAAGAGCUCACAAGACGCAUAUCCUCUAAUAAAUCAAUAAUAAGUGAAGUUAUCCCUGCAAUUAUGUCAUUAAAUUCAUUUUUAAAUCACCCUAGUAGUAUUCAUUUUGGAGUUGGGACUACAAAAGAUGUUAUGAUCAGCCGAAUCCAUAAGCGAUUUGAAAAUGUAAUUAAAAAUAAGAACCUUAUUCUAGCAACAUUUUUAGACCCAAGGUUCAAGUUAUCGUUUUUUAAACCUGAAAAAAGACCAGAAGUGAAGAAAAUAAUUUUAAGUACUAUUUCAAACUUCAACAAUCUUGAUUUAACAGUUGUACCUGAUGAUGUUACUAUUGAUAUUUCUUCAAUAACAAAUAAUAACAAUCAAACGUCUGUAAAAUCAUUAUGGGACUUUUACAAUGAUAUAGCAACAUCAACAAAUAAUAAUUCUACUGUAAUGAUGUCCAAUAAUUUUACCGAUUUAGAUGAUUAUACUGAUUUCAACAAAGAUUUAGUUGCUGAGUAUGAAACCUACUGUAGUAUUGAGUCCGUUCCGAUUAAUGGUGAUCCAUUAGGUUGGUGGAGCAGUCAAAAAAAAAAUGACAAAUAUCCAUAUAUUGGGAACAAGCUGCUUCUUCAAAAAUAUUUGUCUGCUCCUGCCUCAAGUGUCUACUCUGAAAGGUCAUUUUCAGAGGCAGGUUUAGUUUACAAAGCUAAGAGAAGUCAACUCCACCCUGAGAAAGCCGAACAAAUUUUAUUCUUACACCACAACUUAAACAAAUUUUAA